AUGAAAUCCGCAUUCCUGCCGCUGUUCCUCCUUCCUGGCGCCUUGAGCGCAACCAUCUACCUCGCUGGGGAUUCGACCAUGGCAAAAAAUGGCGGCGGGUCAGGCACGGAUGGAUGGGGCCAGUACCUCGACGACGUGUCCAUCACUGUCUCUAAUAAAGCGAUCGGCGGCCGCAGCGCUCGCUCCUAUACCCGCGAAGGCCGCUUCGACGCCAUCGCCGCCGUCCUGAAGGAAGGUGACUACGUCGUGAUCGAGUUCGGCCACAACGACGGCGGUUCGCUGAGCACCGACAACGGUCGCACCGACUGUCCGGGUACAGGCUCGGAGACGUGCGAGACCACAUACAACGGUCAAGCGGAAACUGUCCUCACGUUCCCGGCAUAUGUGGAGAACGCCUCGAAGACCUUUGUGAGCAAAGGUGCCAAAGUCUUGGUCUCUAGCCAGACCCCGAAUAAUGUCUGGGAAACGGGCUCGUAUGCCUACUCGCCCUCGCGCUUUGUCGAGUACGCUCGCCUGGCGGCGGAAACGGCUGGCGUGGACUAUGUGGACCACGGCGCUUACGUGGCCGCCCGGUAUAAGGCGUUAGGGGCGGACACGGUCAACUCCUAUUACCCCAAUGAUCACACCCAUACUAGUCCGGAGGGAGCGCAGGUGGUGGCGGAUGCUUUUCUGAAAGCGGUGGUGUGCAGCGGUGUCGCACUGAAGGAUGUCUUGACAAGUACUGAUUUCCCGGGCGACUGUCUGUAG